GUCGUGUAGUAGUGUACAAUGGCAACGAAAUCAAAACGCGCCGGAACAGCCACGCCCCAACCGCAACCAGGCGGCACAUCUACGCCUUUGAUACCCGGCGCUAAUCGCUCCGCUAGCCCACUGAGUCCUACGCGACAUUCGCGUCUUCAGGAGAAGGCUGAAUUGCAAAAUCUAAACGAUCGUUUGGCAUGCUAUAUCGACCGUGUUCGUAAUUUGGAAACUGAAAAUGCGCGUCUAUCCAUUGAAGUGCAGACCACGCGCGACACUGUCACCCGUGAGGCUACCAAUAUCAAGUCUAUGUACGAAAAUGAGUUAAGUGACGCGAGACGGUUGUUGGAUGAAACGGCACGGGAAAAGGCCAAAUUAGAGAUUGACACCAAGCGCCUUUGGGAUGAAAAUGAGGAAUUGAAGGCAAAAUUAGACAAGAAAACUAAAGAUUGCUCAUUUGCCGAAGGUAAUGCUCGUAUGUAUGAAUCACGCGCUGCUGACUUGAGUAAUAAAUACAAUGCCGCCAAUGCUGACCGCAAAAAGGCUAUGGAUGAAUUAAAUGAAGCUCUUAAAGAGCUGGAGCGUUUGCGGAAGCAAUUAGACGAGGCGCGCAAAUUACUGGAGGAUGAAACUCUGGCUCGCGUUGAUUUGGAGAAUAAC